CUAGAGAGUGACCAAGCAACACCAACCCAGAACACACGCUGCCGCUCUGGGAAGAAAGCGUCAGCACCAUGGAUGGACAACCAGCAUGAUCAUAUAUAAAAUAUUCUUUAGUACGCAGCUCAAUACAACAUUUCACUGAACAUUAUCCACGUUGGCACAUCACCUUGUCCACUCGACCCGUGGCCUUGGAAAACAAGCUGGCUGACUGGAGUCGGCGGCCCUUCUUGUUGUCUAGCUACAGUACUGUUGCUAGCUAGCUGGCUAGCAAACUGUCUUGACGGACGCGACCGGGUUUCAGAGAAAGUAACAGCAAGGUUAUCAUUCCUCCCCCUGUCCUAACUCUUACGGUGGCCUACAUCCCUUUUUUCCCAAGUCAUGGACUUCCCGGGCCACUUCGACCAGAUCUUCCAGCAGCUCAACUACCAGCGCGUGCAUGGCCAACUGUGUGACUGUGUCAUUGUGGUGGGCAGCCGCCAUUUCAAGGCCCACCGCUCUGUGUUGGCAGCAUGUAGUACCCACUUCAGGGCUCUGUUCACCGUCGCUGAGGGAGACGCCAGCAUGAACAUGAUCCAGCUGGAUAGCGAAGUGGUGACGGCAGAGGCGUUUGCUGCCUUGGUGGACAUGAUGUACACCUCCACUCUGAUGCUGGGUGAGAGUAACGUCAUGGAUAUCCUUUUGGCCGCCUCCCACCUGCACCUCAAUGGUGUGGUCAAGGCCUGCAAGCACUACCUGACCACCCGCACCCUUCCCAUGUCCCCCCCGGCCUCCUCUGACAGGCCGUCCCACCACCACCAACUCCAGACAGACCAGCAGAGGCACAGGCAGCAGCAGGUAGCAGAGUUAGCAGCUAAUGCUAACCAAAAUGGAAAUUCCAACCUGGCAGCUAACGCUGCUAGUUUAGCGGCUAAUGCAGCUAAGUCCAGACUCCAGCGCUCGUUCCUCCUGCAGCAGCUGGGACUGAGCCUGGUGAGCUCAGCCUUGGGUGGGAUGGAGGAGGAUGGGGUCGGGAAUGGGGUGGGAGGUGGUGCGGUUGAGCAGAGGGCUUCCUUUCCCAUUCGCCGCUUUCACAAGCGGAAGCCUUCCUUGGGCCUAUCAGAGGAAAGGCCCAGGCAAAGGCCACGCCCCUCAGUCGAGGGAGGGGUGAGUGGCGAAGGAGAGGAGGCUGGGCUUCUCUCUCCUGACUCCCACAAGAUGGGGGAGGAGUCCAACCUGGAUGUGACGAUCGCCGGCCUUGUAGGAGGUGUGUCCCAAGAUGACCAACAGAUGCCAAGCCAAUCGGACGGAGGCCACUGCAAUGGCGAGGUGCCUAGACUGAUGCAGGGAGGGGUGGGGAAAGAGGAGUACGUGGAUGGAGGGAAUGGGCCGAUGAAGGUGAAAGAAGGGACAGAGGAGGAGGACGAGGAAGACGGCCGACAGAAGUUGGUGGUGAAGCAGGAGCCCCUGAGCUCCCCGGAGCCAGUGGAUGAGACCAGCGAUGUGACCUCUCAGGCGGAGGGCAGUGGCCUCAGCGACCAACCAGAGUCCAGGAGGCGGGGCGAGGAGAAGGCGGAAGAGGAGCUGAGCCCAGAGAGCAGCGACCGCAGCUUUACCUCCACCUCCGACCCCCAGCCCAGCUCUGUCCUGCUGCAGCCCAGAGAGCAGCAGCUGCUGAAGGCCAGCCUGGGCAGGGGUAGUGGGGGUGGAGGUGGGGGAGUGUUUGGGUGUGGUGAUGGGUUGGAUGGGAAGUCUGGCUUUAGUAUCACUAGCUUCCUCAGUGCCAAGGUGUUCGGAGGGGUAGGGGCUGAGCUGGUUGCCGGGGACGAUGACCUCCCGAACACAACGACGACCAGCAACGGUGCUGCGCGUCACUUCCUGCUCGGCCCAGAAGCCACCGGAACCUCUGGCUCCGCCUCUUCCUCUCUGCUCCGGCCCUUGUCCAGUAGUCACUUACUUGGAGGCGAAAGUUGCAGGUCCUUCACAGAUGCUGAGUCGCUCUUUCUCCGCCCCCUCCAUGAUGGGCGUGUCAGCCCCAUGGGUGGGGCUGGGGCUGUAGACCCCUUCGCUUUGGACUACCAGCGCUCCAGUCUGGGGCUGCACUCGCUGGUCCGAGCCAGCAGAGGGAGUGCUGGCGCUGCUGCGGCCUCACUCGGUUUCCCUGGCUACCGACGCAUAGCUCCCAAGAUGUCCGCCGGCCUGGGUGGAGAUGGAAGCUUAGGAGGAGGAGCAAUAGGCUCUCUCAUCCAGGACGCCUCCUCCACCUCCUCCUCCCUGGGGGGUCCCCUGCUUCGCAACGGGACUGGGAUCUACGAGGCAGGAAGCGCCCCCCCUAACAGCUCCCACCCCCCCCAGCUGACGAGGGCCUCGGCAGACGUCCUCUCCAAGUGUAAGAAGGCGCUGUCGGAGCACAACGUCUUGGUCGUGGAGGGGGCCAGGAAGUACGCCUGCAAGAUCUGCUGCAAGACCUUCCUGACGCUGACAGACUGCAAAAAGCACAUCCGCGUCCACACGGGGGAGAAGCCCUACGCCUGCCUUAAGUGUGGCAAGCGCUUUAGCCAGUCCUCCCACCUCUACAAACACUCCAAGACCACAUGCCUCAGGUGGCAGAACAGCAACAUGCCUGGUGGCAUGCUGUGAGGCCCUCUGCCUGGGGAGGACCCUGCUAUGUAGCACUGCUGUAGCCCGGAAGCAUUCUGUUUGCUUUGGUUUGUGUUGAUCCUCUUCAGGACGAGGGAGACGCUUUUAGGGGUAAAAAGUGGAGAGAUCGACAAUAAGGACCUCCACAACAUUGCCACCUUUCCCUAAACAUACUCUGGUUGCUUAGACUGUUAGUGUCCAGUCUUCGUUUUAUUGUCAGAAAUUCCCCUGCAGAAUAUCAAUGUUGUCUAAUUCAGUGUUACUGAGUAUACCGACAGAUUUUCUUGUUGAAGCCUAAUUCAAUUAACCCUUGUGUUAUCUUCGGGUCAUUCUGACCCAUCAGCCGUGUGACCCACCGUCGUAUUGCGACAAAUUUACCUCAUACAAAAACAAAGUGAAGCAUUUUCUUUUAACCGUUGGGCUGUCUCAGACCCCCCACAUUGCAAAGGUUAAAAGAAAAUUAUUUUUAUUAGUUUUUGUAUUGGGUAAAACUGGGUAAACACAAUGAUGGUUCGUCAUGAACCUUUGGGUCAUGUGACCCGAAGGCAGCACAAGGGUUAACAUUCUUCAAGAAACUCACAACAGGGUGCUGAAUCCCCUCUGUCCUAUCAUCAGUUAAGUUCAAAGGAGGGUUUUUGGAUGUUUGAAGUUGCCUUUAGUCUGAGCACCUUUGACUAGAAAAUCAACAUUGAUGAAGGCUAUCUUCUUGAAGGAAGAUGUCAAAGUGUGUUGGCCUUUUGUUUCUCUGUUUGAGAAUCCUUUUUUAAUUUGCACAUGUCCUGUGUGUGUGAGUGUAUUGAAACGCACAGCGUUUGUCCUAGUCUAUAGCCUUAUGAAGGAAUAUUCUGUAAGCUGAGAACAUUCUAAAUGUAAAUAUUGCACAUAAAAUGGCUUUAAUCACUUGCCAUUACAAAGAGAAUUAAGCAAAAAAUCUCAAAUUAAUUUGUUGUUGUGUAACAGUUUGGUAAAGCAUUUGCAUAUCAAAUCGCAUUUUUUGUACAUCUAAUGCUUGCUGUACUGUAACAUAGGUAAAACUAGACAAAUCCUUUGCAAUGCGUAGAAAAAGUUAUGAAACUUUCUGGGAAGUUAAAGGCAGGAUAGGCAAGUUUUGUGAACCUAGCAAUUGCAAAUGUCCCCACUGUGGGACUAAUAAAGGAUUAUUUUAUCUUAAUUUUUGCUUGAGUUUGAAAGGA